CUUCCGCUGAGGAACUCUUUGUCAACUUUUUCGACAUUGUCAAAUAUCUAUAUUAUCUGUAUUUAGAUGUUACAUUUUGGAGUAAGAACGAUCGUAGAUGAAAAAAUAUUGACACGGAAUGUAAAAAUGUAUUAUCGAUGACACGAAAUCAUUCUAAAUAGUAGAAAAGAUUCUCAGUAACAUAAGAAGUAAAGCUAACACUAACAGACAAUUAGCAUUAUAAUGGUAGUAAUUAGGAUCAGAGACGUCUUAGGAAACACAGAAAUACGCAGGUAGACGUCAACACAUGUGAUAAAUCAAUACGGCGUCAAUUAUGGCUGAACUUCCUCAAGCUCACAUGUUUGCUGCCAUCAAAUCAGAAAACCUAUGUAGAUGAUUUGAAGAUAUGAAAUCCACCAAUCAUAUGACUUAACUACUAAAAUGACGACGAUGAUUGCAUACACAGAAGAAGCGCAAACGAUUCAUCCUGAUAAUCUUAAUCUCAAUGGAACAUUAAAUGGAACAUGUUGGACAUUCCCAAAUUCUAUACAUCUCGCCACAUUGCUGACAUCUACAAUUAUAGUUGUAGUCGUUAUCGUCCUUGGUUGUUUUGGCAACGGCCUAGUUUUACUCUCAGCUGCGCAAUGCCGUUCUCCGAGAGUAAAUAUUGAUAUUUUGAUCAUCAAUCUGGCGGGUACAGAUUUCUUGAUGUGUACAUUUUUCGUAUCUAUAUAUUUAUAUUUGCUGUUUGCUGCACCAGAUAACCCGGCUGUUUUUUGCCAUGCAAUACAGUUUUUAGUGUGUACCUGCGCUCUGCUGUCCUUGACGACGCAAGUGAUUAUCGCCAUGCAUCGGUUUACACGAGUUGUGUGGCACACGAAAGGCACACUGUCACUUUUAAAAGCUGGCCUCAUUUUAGCAGGCCUCUGGUUAUUCAGCUUAGGAGUCUCAAUCGGGGGAGUUUUACACGUCUCAGGAAGCUGGGACUCACAUUGGGAAGAUUGCCUCGCUAUGAUAAACAGCUGCAAUCGUAAAAAGAAUAACUUUGUGUUAUUUUACCUAGGACCUGUCUGCCUUGUCAGCUUCACAUUGAUUAUUAUUGCCUAUAGUGUUAUUGCCCAUGCUGUUCGAAAGCAAAGCAAUCUCAAACACUCCCCGACAAUUUCCCGAACCGCAACACCUAGACAAAGUCCAUAUAAGGUCCCUGCUGGUGUCCCAGAGGACAAUGCACGUCCGUCAAGUGCUUUUUUACAACAACUGUCAUUCCAGAAGGUCUUUAAGGCUUUAUCAACGUGCCUUGUUGUAACAUUGAGUGUAUUGAUCUGCUGGGGACCCCUUAUAGUCACACAAUUUAUUGAAUACUUCACAGGGGAAUCCCUCGUAUUAUUCCAAGUAAAGAUCUCAGGAAUCGGGCUGAUUUUUCUCUCAAGUGCGCUGAAUCCAUAUAUAUAUGCUCAAAAUAGCACAACAUUAAAACAAAAGAUCGUGAGCCUGCACCGUACCUUGGUUGUAGAAUGCAGGAGAUGCUCACGAUGUAAGAAAACUAAACUUAAGCCCAUGAAUCCGUCUGUGUUAGAUGGUGAACAUGAUGUUAUUAAUCGAAUAAAGUCUUCACAUGCGGAGACGCAGCAUACAUUGCAUAUUGGGUCCCCACAUGCUAAGAGAAAAGUUGAUAGAUCUGCAGGCCCAAGCCAGACACACAGAAUACGAUCUGGUACAAAUACUGGUAUACAAACCCGUGCCCAUGCCCUUGUCCAUGCGGAGCAGACGUCAUGUAUGGCUACUCAUACUCCACCUAUUGGUAGUCCAAUAAGCUCAACUGUUGUCCUCUGUAAACAUGAACCAUUACCCAUUGCUAAUACCGCAGACUGUUAAAAGUGAUUGAUCAAUCUGUCCAUGUUUAACAAGCUCAAGAAUGAGACAGAAGUGUGUAAAUUUUCCAUGUUCAGCAUGCUUCAGUGAAAUAGAAACAAGUAAAUUGCCAUAUUUAACAUAUUUCAGUAAAUUGCCAUUAUUAAUUUAAC